UGGAGGCCGAGCGUCAACGAAGGACGGAAAACACCAGCUUGGCUGUCUGCAGACCAUCAGCAGCACUUUAUCGAACAUGAUUUUUCUAAUGGACCUCCAGAUGAUGCUGCUGGAUGUAAUUUACUUCAUCCUGCGCAACUCCUUGCGGGUCAUCAUGCGCCCGCGUACCAAGCAAAUCGAGGGUGAGCUGGUGCUGAUCACCGGAUCAGGAGGGGGCCUGGGUCGUCUGUUUGCUCAGGAAUUCACCAAACACGGCGCGGACGUGGUGCUGUGGGACAUCAGCAGCACCUGCAACGAGCAGACAGCCAAGCUGGUGCACGAGAUGGGGGGUAAGGCGCACGUGUACACGGUGGACGUGACCAAGCGGGAGGACGUGUAUCGCAACGCUGAGCUCGUGAGGAAGGACCUGGGCCGAGACGUCACCAUACUGGUGAACAACGCCGGCGUGGUGGCGGGGGAGCGCAUGUUGGACUGUCCAGAUGAACUGAUGGAGAGGACCAUGAAGGUCAACAGUCACGCCCACUUCUGGACAGUGAAGGCCUUCCUUCCCCAGAUGAAGGCCCAGAAUCACGGCCACAUCGUGACCAUCGCCAGUGUCCUCGGUCUCUUCAGCACAGCUGGUGUCGAGGAUUACUGCGCCAGUAAGUUUGCUGCAGUGGGAUUUCACGAGUCUCUAGCCCAUGAGCUGCUGACUGAAGAGGUUCAAGGUGUGAAGACUACCCUCGUCUGUCCCUACAUUGUGGACACGGGCAUGUUUGAAGGCUGCAGGAUACGGGAGGAAGUGGAGCUGAUCUUCGCUCCCCUAGAGCCCCAGUACUGCGUUGAGCAGGCCAUGAACGCCAUCCUCAUAGACCAACCACUGGUGUGCAUCCCUCGUCUCACCUACCUCCCUUUCCUCGCCAGAGCGCUGUUGCCAUGGGAAUCCAACGUGGUCAUGUAUCGUUUCAUGGGGUCCGACAAGUGCAUGUACCCCUUCAUUGAUAAUAAGAGACAAGUGGCUAAUGGCUGCAUUAAGGUUGAAUAGUCCCACCUAUGACAACGUUGGGAUUAAAAGAUCAAUAUUAAGUUUAAAUAUCAUUUUAAAAUGCUUUUGUUUAAAAAAAAAAAAGAGGCAGAUUUAUGUGACAGAGUGAGAAUUGUGUGACUUCAGAUUUUAUUCCUGUACUAAAUGACGACUCUGCCAAGUGUCAACAGUACACAGUAAAAUAAAGUGUCAAGUCCCUUCUCAACUGUGCAACAAUAAAACGGAUUAAAACCUGAACGGAUCAAAACGGGAA